AUGUCGUCUUCUGCUAAAACCCUCACACUUCUCGUCCUUGGCUCUGGCGGCCGUGAACAUGCUCUUUUAUGGCGUCUAGCUCAAUCCAGUGUUGUCACCACGAUUUAUGUGGCUCCGGGGAAUCCAGGUAUGAUUCCUCGUGAUAACAAUACUGGCUCUCAGGCUGAACUCGUGGCGCUGCCACAGUUUGGCACCACUCCGGAACAUUUCCCUGCUUUGGUAUCGUUUGCGUCUAGUCAUAAUGUGGAUCUUGUCAUUCCAGGUCCAGAACAACCUUUGAUCGAUGGUGUAGCAGAUGCCUUCCGUCAUUCAGGGAUUGCUGUUUUUGGUCCAUCUCGUGAAGCUGCUCAAUUAGAGGCUUCCAAGACGUUUGCCAAGGACUUCAUGGAUCGUUGGAAUAUUCCAACUGCAUCUUAUGCAAAUUUCACUAGCUGUGAAAAAGCUCUACAAUAUAUCCGUUCGCUUUCGGAAUUCCCCGUAGUGGUAAAAGCCGACGGUGUAGCCGCCGGGAAAGGCGUUUUAAUUGCCAUGACGUUGGGUGAAGCCGAACAAGCUGUUAAAACUAUAAUGGUGGAACGUAGGUUUGGUCAAGCCGGUGAUUCUGUUGUCAUUGAACAGUUCUUGGUCGGCCAAGAAUUGUCUGUCCUCACAAUCACCGAUGGUUUCACCCAUGUCAAUCUGCCUCCUGCUCAGGAUCACAAGAGAAUUGGUGAUGGUGAUACCGGGUUGAAUACUGGUGGUAUGGGUGCUUAUGCCCCUGCCCCAGUGGCCACUCCACAAUUGAUGUCUGAAAUCGAUUCCACCAUCAUUGCUCCUACUAUUGCGGGUAUGCGUCGUGAUGCUCGUCCCUUUGUUGGUGUCUUGUUCACGGGUUUAAUCUUGACUGAAAAGGGGCCUCGUGUAUUAGAAUAUAACACUCGUAUGGGUGAUCCAGAGACUCAAGCUGUAUUGCCUCUUGUUUCUCGCGAGACUGACUUUGCUCGCCUAUUGUUGGCUGCUGCCACCAAUUGUUUGGAUUCUGUGCCUUUGAGAAUUUUACAAGAUAAAUUCUCCACUGCUAUUGUCAUGUCUUCCCAUGGUUAUCCAGAAAGUAAUUAUCAACGUGGAGAUGUCAUUACAGUGGAUCCAGCAUUCUACCAAUUGACCAACACUCAAUUAUUCUAUGCAGGUGUUUCUUUAUCCGACAAUAAUGAACUAAUCACUUCAGGUGGUCGUGUUCUGGCCAUCUCUUCCAUGGCCGAUUCUAUUAAACAAUCGGUAGAUAACGCUUACAAGGCAGUGAAACUUGUAAAUUUUUCACGUUGUUAUUACCGUAAGGAUAUUGCUCAUAAUGCUUUGGAAAAUGAUACCACAUCUCCAGCUCAAAUUACUUAUGCUGAUUCUGGUGUUUCUGUAGAUAACGGGAAUGCUCUUGUGCAACAAAUCAAAGCCAAAGUUAAAUCCACAACAAGACCAGGUUCAGAUGCCGAUAUUGGUGGGUUUGGUGGUGUUUUCGAUUUACAUGCUGCAGGUUUCCCCAAUGCAUCAGAAUCUCUCCUCGUUGCCGCCACUGAUGGUGUUGGUACUAAACUUAUAAUCGCUCAAGAAACUGGGAUUCAUAACACAGUUGGGGUCGAUUUGGUCGCCAUGAAUGUAAACGAUCUUGUCGUUCAAGGUGCAGAACCUUUGUUUUUCCUAGAUUAUUUCGCAACAGGUAAUUUAGAACUCCCCAUUGCAGUGGACUUCGUCUCUGGUGUAGCUGAUGGUUGUAUUCAAAGUGGUUGUUCUCUUGUUGGGGGUGAAACUUCGGAAAUGCCAGGAAUGUAUCCACCAGGUCAUUACGAUACAAACGGUACUGCAGUAGGUGCUGUUUUAAAGAAAAAUAUCUUACCUAAAAAAUUACAAAUGUCUGAAGGUGAUGUUCUAUUGGGUCUUGCUUCAGAUGGUGUCCAUUCUAAUGGAUUUUCUUUAGUACGUAAGAUUGUACAACAUGCAAAUGUCAAUUGGUCUGAUCCAUGUCCUUGGGACAACAAAAACACCUUUGGUGAAGCCAUCCUAACACCAACACGUAUUUAUGUGAAACAAUUAUUACCAGUCAUCAAUCAACAAUUAGUUUUAGGUUUAGCACAUAUCACAGGUGGUGGUCUUGUGGAAAACAUUCCUCGUGCCUUACCAGAUGAAUUACAAGCUGUUGUUGAUAUGAACGCUUGGAAAUUACCUGAAGUGUUUAAAUGGUUCGGUAAAGCUGGUAACGUUCCAAUAGAUGAUAUCUUAAAGACUUUCAAUAUGGGGAUCGGUAUGGUUGUUAUACUAAAACAAGAAAAUGUUGCCAAAGUGACAUCGCUUCUGGAAAGUGCGGGUGAAACCGUUUACAAGAUUGGUCAAUUACAAAAGAAACCAUCGAACGAACCAGGUUGUGUGGUUAGAAAUGCUAUUGAUUUAUACUAA